AUGCAAGACGAAGGCAAUGAAGACAACUUUCGUGGCGGUGCAAAUGCUUUCAGCAGCAGAGGAAAUAAUUUCGUGCCCGAGCGAGGCGAAGAGAAUGAAGAGCAGCAAGCCCAGGAUGAGCAACAUUUGUCCACAGGUUCAGCGUCCUCCUCUCCAAGACAAUACCAACCAGACGGUGAUAAGACCGACGAAUUGCCGAGGGUGAGCUGUACUACUCCCAAGCGCCGUAGUACAUCCUCCCGCCCAAACUCGAAGCAGCGUGGAGUUUCCGGUACCUACGAAAUGCAGGGACCGUCUCCGGCGGGAGAAGAGCGGACGGAGAGUAUCGUAAGGAAAAAUGAUCCCCCCUCCCCGUAUCAAAACGAAGUUUCUGAUGCUGGAUUUCCGUACACAAAUCAGAUUUGUCUUGCAGUACUAGGGGACUGCAGGCAUAUGCCAAGCCUGAGCCGAGAGGCUUUGCCGUAGGCGAGCAGCAUGGCAACUGUCUAUUGCUGCAAGCUCAACAGCAUCUUCACAAACCGCCUGCAUAAUGCGGCGGAGUCUCUGGCUUUGCCUUCUUGCAAGACAGACAGGACUUGUGGCCCGCAAAUCUGCAUCGCAAAUUUUCAAACCGAUGCACUUUCCACAUGGGGAGGGGGGAUUUUCCCUUACGAUAGAGAGAUACCGGGAGAAAAUGAGCUUGACUCAUCGUAGUGAGCAGUCGAGAAAGCUCGAAAAGGAACGGCUACAAUAUAAACUGCUGAGGUGUUACAAUCUCAAACGCCACAAUAGAAUGCGGAAAUCUGUGAUGCAAGAAGUGCAUGAUCUAACAUACUCCCACAGGACUGCGCAUGACAAGUUUCACAGCACCAAACCGCACUAGAAUCUGGCGAAAUUUGUAUUGCAGAAAGUGGAAUGCUGUCCGAGUCUGUCAUGCUCGUCAUGCAGUAAGUACAUGUACAAAAUCCAGACUCUAUUGUAACGUUUCAGAUUGUAACGCUUGAGCAGGUCAUAUAGAAAAGCAGAAGUUGCGGCGCGAACGGAAAGAAGCAAAUUCAUCCUCGUCGCGGGCGAGCUCGAACGACUCCAGUUUUGUUCAAGACGGGCGAGGACCGCCAGCACAGCAUCUUGAACUACCUGGUCGCAGGAGUACCAGCGUCGCGGCGUCUUGUAUGCACAAUAAAAAGACCCAACAUCUCUAUCCAUUUUAUGCAUGACAAACACAGGCCCUGACGCAUGUUUUGCAUGACAAAGUGGAUGCUGGGUUUGGCCCUUUUUUUGUGGAUAACUUCCUCCUCUCCGGAACAAGAACCGGGCCGUGCGUCCGAUGCCGUCGUGCCAGAAACGCAUAUCAAAUGCAAAUAUGUCUGGGUCCUCUGGGAGAUAAUUGCGAGAUUUGUCAUGCUAGUCUGGCAUGUUGACUCUGAACUCUGCAUUCCGUGGCCGCGAAGAGCAGCUCCUCUUGCCUGUCAUGCAAAAUCGCAGUUUCUCAUGCGGAGUACGCAACUCAGAACCACGGCAAAACUUGUCAUGCCGGGCAGCGUAUAAUUACAGGCUUUCCCUAUUCCCUCUCUUGCGCCACAAGUUGCCAGACCCAGACAUUUUUGCAGAUGAUAAGGCAGCAACCAGUGCAACAAACAGCAACCCUGGGAGUAGGAGCAACAAAUGGCGCCUAUGGCGCUCUCAGCUGUUGCAUUCUCAACUGUUACAUGAAUUUGUGAUGCAACAAUGGCGAAAGCGACAGGGGGGAGCUUGCGUGUCGUGCAUGACAGAUUUGGUACAGAUUUAGACGCUGUCUAGCAAUUCGAUAAUUUGUCAUGCAAAGCAGCUUGGUCGCCUGGUGGCUUAUGGCCAUUUUGCAUGACAAAUCAUGUAACAGCUGAGAAUGUAACGUUUGAGAACGCCAUAGCGCCAGGUGGCUCCCCGGGUUCGAACUACCAUGGGUCGUGCAACAAUUACAAGGACUCGCGGCAGCGGCAGCGUCAUCUUCUUCUUCUUCGCAGCAGCAGCACCAACCCGCUAUCCUGUGCUGAAGUAUCGUACUCGUAUUGCAGUCAUGCAUUACAAAUUUGCCUUCAAAUAAGGUAAAUCCGCAUUACAACUUCUCUUUCUCAUGCUGAGGAAAUUUGUAAUGCACUUAUACGAGUACGAUACUUUUGCAGUUCAUACCCGUAGUAGUACAGCCCAAUAAUGCAUCUUCUUCUACGACACCAGGACCAGGCGUCAUCAGGAAUAAUACAACGCCUGUGGUGAAAAAAGAACCCCCAAAAGCUCCCCGCCCUAGCCUUCAACCGGUGUAUGACUCUUGGCACAAGAACCACGAAUGGCG